AUGGCACCUAACCCGUUAUGCCUCGCCUGGCGCGAGCAGAUUAUGGACAACUUGCGUCUGAUAUCCGGCCGCAGUGCCUUCAUCGACAUCUAUACCUCACGCCAUCCCAACAAGUCGUACACCAUCUACGCAGUGAAGGUGCACAAGGGCAAACGCCAGGAGGUUCUUUCAGCAACAGGCCGCGACCUCGAGGACGCCUACGAGACACUCCAUACCAAGUCGGCUCAGGAAGUCUUCCAGUUUGUUGAGCUGAAUGGCUUCGGAUUCCCUCGCGGCACGAAGAACGACUCGGAUAGCUCUGACAGCGAAGCCUCGACACUGGAUGAGGUUAUUUCUCUAUCUGCUGUCUCGUCCGAGAGCGAAGACGAUGAGAUCCCAUCAUCCCGUCGCAAGAAGACAAAGGCUUCCCGCCGCAAGGAUAAGAAAAAGUCCAAGAAGCACGUUUCCUCUUCUGAGGAAGAUAGCUCCUCAGAAGAGGACUUGCCGAGAAGGCGCCCGCCUCCCCUGGUUGCACGCCCAUCCUAUAUCCCGGCAGUUCCCAUCAACAGCUCGGCGCCUCCCCCUCCACCUCCUGGCUGGAGAGGCCCCCCCACGCGCGUCUAUCCUCGCGCUCCCGGCCAAGGGCCUCCACCUCCCCUGCCGCCCCCAGGCAGGUUCCCACCAGGAAUGCGUCCCCCUUCCAUGGCGCCCCCACCCCCGGGGACUGUCUCCAUUUCCGCGCCUCCCCCACCUCCGUCGGUGCCCGGCAAGCCCGUCCGCCUCGUCAUCGGGUGGGCAGGCCACGGAGAGAAGAAGAUCGUCGAGCACUGUCAGGCCAGCCACCGCGCAAUGCAGAGGACGGCCCUCGCCCACGUCCGCGCCAACUGGCAGUCGUUUGACAACGUUGUUCCCCAGGAGAUGACACCCGGACGCCUUUGGGGUCUCGGUGCCAAGGUGAGGCGUGUUGCCUUUGGCAACGACAUGUACUCCAUCUCUGCCUCUGCGGGCGACGACCUUAGCAUGUACUUCAAGGCGGACGAGAUCCCCAUGUUCGAGAUUGAAGUCGACCACGACGCCAGCAUCGUCCCACCUCCCCCGCCUCCUCCACCAACGCACCACCACGGUCAACAUUGA